UAGAUUCGAGUUACAAAAUGGCGGCCUGGACCGUGUUCUGUGCUGUUCCCCCGGCAGUUUCCGGUUGAACGGGUGGCUGUCCCCGUCCCUGCAGAACCCGGAGAGACGAGGCUCUCAGGGGAUAUGGUGUGUGAGACUCGGGACUUGCUGAUUACCGAGUCCUUCGAGAAUCUCUGUGCACCGGGAGCGGCCAGGUGCUCUCACCCGGCGACGAGCAGCCUCUGCACACCGGAGCACCGCCGCGCAUUCGAGCUUCGCCGCGCCAACAGUCCAUCGAGUGCCGCGGCAGCCGCCCGGGAGGGUUGCAAAAAUGGCCAAAAGGAUUGCCGAGAAGGAAUUGACAGACAGGAACUGGGAUCAAGAAGAUGAAGCAGAAGAGGUGGGGACGUUCUCGGUGGCCAGUGAGGAAGUCUUGAAGAACAGAGCCAUAAAGAAAGCGAAGCGGAGGAACGUGGGGUGCGAAUCCGAAAGUGGGGGGGCCUUUAAAGGCUUCAAGGGUUUGGUUGCACCUUCCGGAGGAGGAGGGUUUUCUGGAUUUGGUGUUUGUGCUGGAUCGAAGCCUUUGGAAGGACUGUCCAAUGGGAACAGCGUGACCGGCGCCUCUCCCUUCUCCAGUGCCCGGGCCACCCCCGAGACCAAGGCGGCCUUCGGAUCUGUUGCUGCAAAUGGCCCCACCUCCUUGGUGGAUAAUAAGAUGUCAGAUCCCAAAACCAACGGUGACAGUCAGCAGCCCACUCCUGCCCCGGCCCCUGCGCACCGAGGGAGCGCCUAUCACAAGCAGCUGGCGGCCUUGAACUGCUGCGUGCGGGACUGGAUAGCAAAGCACGUGGACGCCAACCCGCUGUGCGACCUGACGCCCGUCUUCAAAGACUACGAGAAGUACCUGGCGGGCAUUGAGCAGCAGCUCGGCCACAGUGGCAGCAGUGACCCCGUAAGGGAACCCAGCACAGUGUCACUUGACACCCAGUCUCCCGCCCUGUUUGGUUCAACCAAGUUACAGCAAGAGUCCCCGUAUGUGUUCCCUGGUGACAGACGGGAGGAGGGCGCCCCUGAAAAGAAGAUGGAGGCUGUGCCUGAAAAUAGAGGGGACCCGCCACCCGCCGCAGCAAGUGCCUCCUUUAGUUCCGGCAAGAAGGUCGAUGGUUCCGUUUUUCGCUUGUUAAACUCUGGCCCCCUGGCUGGGUUUUCCCUUCCUUCUGGAAACUCCAGUUUAUUUGGCAAAGAUACUACCCAGAAUAAGCCAGUUUCUUCACCGUUUUCCAUUCAGACGGUGGAGAGGCCAGUGGACGGCGGCAGUGCUGACUGCAGAGGUGGGGACGAAGAAGAGAGUGAUGAGCCGCCCAAAGUGGAGGUUGCAGAAGUCAAAGAGGAAGACGCUUUUUACUCCAAAAAGUGUAAACUAUUUUACAAGAAAGACAAUGAAUUUAAAGAGAAAGGUGUAGGCACUCUGCAUUUAAAACCUACGGCGAAUCAGAAGACACAGCUUCUAGUGCGAGCAGACACCAACCUAGGUAACAUACUGCUGAACGUCCUGGUCCCUCCCAGCAUGCCGUGCACCCGGACGGGGAAGAACAACGUGCUGAUUGUCUGUGUCCCCAACCCCCCCGUGGACGAGAAGAAUGCCACCAGCCCGGUGACCAUGCUGAUUCGGGUCAAAACGAGCGAGGACGCAGACGAGCUGCACAGGAUCCUGUUGGAGAAGAGGGGCGCCUGAGCACCCGCGGCCGGGCUGCAGGGCGCGGCUCCUGCACAGCCUCAGCGUAGUUAGCUUUUCUUCUUUCGUUGACGUUCUCAGAACUUUUAGAUAACCUAAAACUUUUGUGAGGAAAAUCAAUAUGGCCAAUAAACCUUUAACGUUUAGUGUCAAGAGACUGUACUCUGCCUUCCUGAGAGCUGAUGUAUAAAAUACAUUAGAAAGAAAUUUCGGGAAAGAUUUUUCUGUUCAUUUACUAAACCAACCACAAGUGAAUUCCUACGGACUGAAUCAGGGUAUCGAUUGGAUUUCCAAAGGCUUUUCUGACCUGAGGUGCGGGCGAGGCCUCCGACAGCGGAGUGCCCCGAGGAGCCUGGCCCGGAGCCGCCUUCCCUCGGGCUGGGCCCGUCCCUGAGGACAGCGCUCUCCCACGUGAGCCGCGCCGCUGCGCCGGGACCACCAGCCUCACCGCUUCUGUGUUCCUUCCAAGCUGCAUCUGCAUGGUGGGGAUCGGAUCGCCCCUUCUGCGUGGGGCCUGCAGCAGCCACGGGCUUCCACCCUGGAGAGGCUGUUGCCUGUGAUUCGGGACCUGCGGCUUCGUUUCAGAAGAAAACGAGUAGCUUGUUCUUUGGUUUUGUAGUUGUAUUCACGAGGUGCUGUUAUUUGUGUCCCCCCCGGUGACAGGGCAGAGGGGGUGGCCAGGAGUGAGGUUUGAAAGCACAAAUGUGGUGGCUCUGUAAACCGUGGGCAGUGAGCCCUGGGAGACCAGGUGAAGUCAGAGGUAGAGCGUAGACAGAAGGAAGUGAGGAUGUUUAGUUAUUUGUACCAGGGUCGCCCCUGUGGAUCUCAGAACUGCUUACUACUAAGUCCCAGGCACUUUCCCUGUACACGAGCCAUGUGACUCCCCCAGGAAGCACGCCGUGUGGCCGUGCAGGAGAGCGGGGGUGCCGAACGCUGCCUCUCACUCCCACGCCGGGCCGCUCGGCAUCCGACCUGAGAUUCCCGUCAGGAUGUCCCCUGGGAGGGGCCGGGCGCCUGAGCACCGGGUCUUUUCUCCAGGGUCAGGCCCCCGACAGUAGCGUUCUUGGAGGGCCGGGCACGUGUGUAGCUGUGAACCUCAGCGUUGAGAGGUCCGUUUUCAUGAACCUCUGGUGCCGGCAGCAGGGGGUCUUGUUUAGUCAGGUCAGAGUCAGUGCCUGAGGCUCCUACUUGUAAUAAUAAACACAGGGUCGAUGCUGUUAUGGUGGCCCUGGCCCAGCCCCGUGCACCUGGGUUGACCCGCUUACCCAGCUGUUAGAAGGAUGAGGAAAUGGGGGUGGAUUCGGGUGUGUUCCUGCCUGGCCACUGGUGCCCGUCCCAGCGGGAACGGCAGACCUUGGCGGGGGCGGGCGGCCCCAGGCCCCUGCAGUGCUUAACCACUGGAUCUGGGAGCCUUUGCCUGUGGGCGGGUUUGCAACUGGAGGGGCUCAGACACCCCUGUACAUGUAGUUUCUACCUUUUUAAGGUAGUGGAUGUGUGUGGCUUUCCUUCCUAACAUUCCCAGCAAACUCGCUGCUAAGACUCACUGUUACAGUGAAAUUACAGGGAAAAAUGUGAUGUGUAUACCACAACUCAAAAAUGUGAUGUUUUCCUAAAAUGUUUGCGCUUAGGAAUUGGUUGGUACCCACUUGAACUGUGUGCUAGUGUGCAAGGGCCUCCGGAUGUGUGGGUUUUACCGCCAACCCCACGUCCUGUGUGGUACCGGGGAGGGCCCUUUGCCCCGGAGGGCGGGCCAACGUGUUCUUCCCCAGCGAACUGUUGAUCCGUAACGAAGUGUUAAGUCUGAAAGGACUCGGUGUGGGCCACAAUUCUCAUCUUUGGUUGAAAGAUCUAUAAAGUGGGCCACAUACAGGGCCCGAAGUGAUGUGUAUCUCCCUUCUGUCCAGAAUCAGGCACGUGGCACCUGGAUGGGCGCCGAGCAUCCCAGUGGCCUUUUCUCGAAGUGGCGUGUGUCCGUCUCGCCCUUCCGAGCAUUCCCAGUGGGCACGACGUGGGCUGCGUGCCAUCAUUAGCGAGUUCCUGGCGGAAAGCGUGCGCUGAGGUUCUGAAGGUGUUCGUGUUGCAUCUUCCACGGAGGGGCAAGUCUGACCGCCGCGGGUCUGGUUUCCUUUAACGAUGAUUGUUUUACCAUUUCAGUUUCCAAGUCACUUUUCAUGCAGCCAGAAACUUCCACCCGAUGCUCCGUCUUCCUGUCAGUUCUGACAGCGGCUCACGGAGAAGGCCUGUGCGGUUUUGUCUUGAAGGUCGAGAGUCAUUUGUUUUGGAGCAUUUGUCAAUCAUUCCAGAACAGUCCAGAUGCGAGCCCUGUGCCCUGGAAGGCUUUGGAGACUAAGGGUCUCCAAACACCAGUGUCCAUUCUCAUUUCAAAAGUGAGACUUUAGAGUCGAAACGGAUUGUCCCGUGGUAGCAGCAGGUGAAGGGAGGAGCCUGCUGAGCCGGCCUUCCAGGCCGUGAGCCCAUGGCCUCGGGUGAUCUCACAGGAAGGACUGAGGACUCUCCUUUUGUGGACACAAUUGUAACAGAAAUGGAACACUUCCUAGCAAUCAGAUGGAGAAAUUGUUUGCUUUCUAUUUUAAAUGGGAAAUUGCUUUUUAAAUACUUGAAUUGUCAAGACAAUGUAAUUUCAGUUGUAUUGGUUUUCACAUGAGCCCAUUGAGGAAGUGUAAUGGCCCAUGAAAUGUGAAUAAACGACCAGGAAACAAAAGCUGUGUGUUUGCCACC